CGAAGUGUAUUGUCUAUGUCAAGGACUGUUCAAAUCAGCUAACAGAAGAAGAGCUUGAAAGCAUGAAGCAGGUCCAUGACUAUGUCAAACCAAGAGAUAAUCUUCAAAUGGUGGCCUUGCUGACCAAGAUAGAUAGGGCAAGUCAAAUUGCGAAAACGAUACCAGAAAUGUUGAUCAGCCAGGAAUUAUGCACAGCAAUAGAACAGAUCAGUGGAAACGUUCAAUUACCAGUGAACUGCAUCUUUGCGAUGAAAAACUAUCAUAGAGAAAUGGACAGUGAUCCUGCGAUAGGCUGGCUCAUUCUUUAUACAUUUCGCAGUCUCUUGGAUAGGCUGCUUGAUAUUCAUGAACGCCUCAGGCUAGAGAAAGUUGUUCAUACAUAAACCGCAAACGGGAAAAGCAAUAACAUGCAACUGAGCUGUUAAAACUUUAAAAACUUUAAUCAUAACAAAAAUGAUAUCCUUUUAAUUUAAAUGUGCUUGUUACAUA